AUGUCAGCCAUAGGUAGUUCCCUCAUAACUACACCUUUUGAGCAAAGUUCUACUACCAAAAAAGCAUCACUGUUGUCACAGCCAGGCUCAACUACAUCUAACAUAUUAACUACCCUUGUGCCAACGCCACUAGAGCAAGGCUCUACAGCUCUGCAUACAACAGUCUCUCCACAAUUUGACACAACAGCUAUGACAACAGCUUUGGAGCGAAGUCAAACAGCUCUUGAAUCUACAAUGCCUCCAGAAACUGACACCACAACAACAUUGAGCCCAGUUGAAACGCCUUUUGAAAGCUCAACUACACAAAGGACAUCAGUGUUUCCACAGUUGGACACAACAGUGUCCAGCACAUUAACUACAUCUGUGACAAUGCCUUCAGAGGAAGCUUCUUCAACUGUUUCUCCUCAACCUGGCACAACAGUGACAUUGGUAACAAUGCCUUUGGAUCAAAGUUCAACUACACUUGAAACUACAAUGCUUCCACAAACUGACACCUCAAUGUCCAGCACAUUCUCUACAGUUGUUACAACACCUUCUAAUGAAGCUUCUACGGUUGUAGCUACAGAAUUUACACAGCCUUGGACCAGCACAUCACAUACGCCCUUCCCAACAACCUUGGAGCAAGACUCUUCUACAACAGUUGAAACAACAUUUAAACAGCCUGAUGCCACAACAGCUGGCACACUAAGUACACUUACAUCAACGUCUUUCCAGCAAGAUUCUACACUUCUAGAAACUACGCCUGCACAGUCUGAAACAACAGCAUUCAGCACAGUAACUUUACCCGUGACAACAUCUUUUGAGCAAGUGUCUACAAGUCCGGAUGUAUCAACAUUUCCAAAGCCCAACACAUCAACCUCAAGCACAAUAAGUUCCCUUCUUUACAAUUUUUUUUGAGCAAGAUACAAGAACGGUUCCACAAUCUGACACUACAAUUUCCACCAGACUUAGUUCUACCAUGACACCGUUUGAGCAAAGUUCAACUAAAGCAAUUCAAGAGACUUC